AUGAGAUUGCAGCUACAAUUAAUCAGUACAAGAAGAAUGUCACUACCGACACGGACAAUGUCUGCAAAUUUUGCAAGGUAUGCUCAAAAUCUCAUGGAUUCUAUGGGCUCUGUCUAUCGUAACGGUGCGUGCAGAGGUCCAACAGCGAGUGACGCUCAAUGGUACGGUUGUCAGUCAGCCCGUGAAUAUACCAAUGCGCAGUUCAAGCACUGCCAGCAUUCAACCACUUGCCAACGUAAGACCUACAAAUUAUUGUCGAGCACUCCCGAGGCUGUUCAACCCCUGAGCGUUUUCGAGGAGGAGUCACAUCAACAUAAUCAACAACAACAACGUCUUUACUCGUUCUCAUGA